AUGUUUCUUUUCAGGAGGAAGGAUUAUAGGAUCGAAAUCCAAAAAAAAAAAGUCGUCAAAUCUUUCUUCCAAAUGGUUUACUAUAGAGCCCUUAGGCAACAUUUUUGUCAAACAAAGUCGUUUAAGCAUUCCUCGAAAAGAAACGUCUCUAUGAUGGUAAUAGGCAAACAUCGGGCGUACCUUAAAAGUCUUAGACAUCACAUAAAGGGAUUUAUAAUCACAUUCCUCGUCAGUUUUUCCAGAAACCUCCAUGGAAAAACCCUGGACGUGGGGUCGAUUAACGCUACGCGUAUUUCUUCGCCCCCGGAUAAUUUCCUAAACUGGGUUUUUUCUUUUUAUUCCUGUUCAGAGUAA